AAGUGGAGUAGAAGAAUCCUUUUCCCCUUCUACUCUCACCAAUUGAAGACCAAACACCACCGGCCACCACUCCCCCUCCCUCACGCCUCUCCCUACCUUUGCCUCGCUACGUCUCUAUUUCUCUUCCAUUUUGGGUUCCCAGCUCGUAGAACAAGUCCAACUUCCCACUUCCAACCCUCAUAUUAAACCCCCAAUUUCCUGGUCUUUGUUUCCACAUAACCCAAAUUCCCCCAAAAACAAAACUCAAAACUCUCCCUUCUUGGUUUCAUCUCAUUUCCUCACAUCCAAACCUCAAAGUGUUGAUUUGAGUGGUGAUCCUCAUCUGGGUUACUCCCAUUUCUUCACAAAAGCCUCAAACUUGAGCUAAAAAGCUCUCACCUUUAUCAAUGGGCGACACUUCUCUCGGCCUCGACGACUCACAGGCCGUACAACUCACCGGAAAGAUCAUGAUGAUCGCCGUACUAGUCCUCUUCCUAGUCGUCGUCUUCGUCCUCUGCCUCCACCUCUACGCCAAAUGGUACUGGCGCAACGUGGUCGACGAUCACGACCCCAACUCCUCCUCCACCCGCCGCAGACGCCGCCGUUUCGUCUUCGUUCCCGGCCAGGACUCCGGCACCCCAACCCUCCGACGAGGCCUCGACCCUUCAGUCCUAAAGUCUCUGCCUCUAAUAGUCUUCAGCCCUGAAGACUUCAAAGACGGGUUGGAAUGCGCUGUGUGCCUCUCUGACCUUGUUCAAGGCGAGAAGGCUAGAUUGCUUCCCAAAUGUAACCAUGGAUUUCACGUUGAGUGCAUUGACAUGUGGUUUCAGUCACAUUCUACAUGCCCGCUUUGCCGGAACGCCGUCGCGCCGUCGCCUCUGUGUCCUCACUGUGACUCCUCUGUUUCUUCUGAGCUUAGUGUUCAAAUCCCAUCUCCGGCCGAGACUUUGGCAUCUGGGUUUUCUUCAGAGUCUCCCAACUUCCCUACAAAUGUGUUGUUCUGGGGGAACCAGACCCGGGUUAGCUCCGGGCCCGGGUCGGGUCUGGAGGAGGGGACAUCAGCUGAGGGGCCUUGUCCCUCUUCUUAUUCUGAGACUAGAAGACCGGAGGGAAUGUUGGUGAUUGACAUUCCGAGUGAGAAUCCAAUGGCUUCAUUAGCCUCGCCUUCGCCUUCGGGGAAUAGCAGGUUUGGUGGUGCAGAGGAGGACUUGAAGUCUCCGGUGCCGACGAGAUUGAGGUCACUGAAGAGGCUGUUGAGCAGAGAUAGGAAGAUUAGUCCUUGUAGUCCGAGUCCGAGCUCGGCUGUUGAUGUUGAAGCAGGGAGAGCACAAAGUUAGGAAUGUGUAUAUGAACGUAUUUGACAUUAGAGAACUACUUUGGACCAUGAACGAUUUGUUCUUUGAGAGGGUCUGAGGUGAUUAGUAUGUCCAAUUCUACAUCCCUGAGAAUUGAUUAGGUUCUUUUGGUGAUGAUGUGAAUUUGCUCAGUGUUCUUUCAUUUUUGGGGGGAGAUGAUCAAAGCUAUCGAACUGUGGAGCUUGAAGUUUCAGUAGUCUUUGUUGUACAAGAAAAUUAUCAAUUUAAUGUAUAUCUCUUACUGUAAAACAGAUUUGGAACGAUUGGUGAAUGGAAUGCUUGUUAUGGGUU